AUGUUUGCACAGUCGUAAUUAUCACAUUGUAUUAUUAUACAAUACGCAUGUAUACGUGCAGUUACAUUAGGACAGGGUAAUCGGGUGUAUCAAAGGGCAAACAAAUUCAAAAUAACCCGUCAAGUUGUUUCAGUUAAUAGCGAAAUUAUAAUUAGUGAGAUAUUACCACUCUUAUGUAUAAUAUUUUUAACAAGAUUCACGCUAAAACAGUAUUUGCACUUUCGGGAGAUCAGAGAGAGAGAGAGAGAGUAAGACUUAGAGAGAAAUAGAGAGGGAGACAAAUAGAAUUUAAGCUGGCAAUAUAGCCUCGCUGUAGUAUAAAUGAAAAUAGCGUAUAGAAAUGAAAAUAACAUAGAAAUAUAUAAUACAUUUGUUUAAUAAGUAAAUUGGUUAAGUACCAGGAACAAGGACAUUUAAAUUUUUUACAGGAUAUUGUUAUUGGCUUAAGCACUUGAGAGACCCAACCAUUAUAUAAUUUACAUUUCCAUCAUACGCUUUGUUAAAAACUCGUGACAAGUGCGAUAAAAACUUUCUACGCCCGCCGCUUUUAAUUGGCCAAUAAAUAAUUUGCAAACCAGCAGACAGGCCGUAAUUUUCCAAACUUUGCGCGACUCGCCAACUUUUUCCUAACAUAUCCUCGUGAUACUGUUUUUUGUAAGGCAUUUCUACGAUGUUUUAAUAUAUUCACACCUCAUUUUGAAUGUAGCAAAAUAAUAAUAUAAUGCCACGGCAGCGCUGAACCGCUCCGCCCUCCACAGCGCUUUCUCCAGGUUUGUUUUUUUGUAUUUAUCGCAUUGAUGAUAUUUCAAUUUUAACCCGUUGGCAGCAAUAGGAAUGCAAUGAAAACAUUGUUUAUUGCAUAUGGCAAUUGUGUAAAUAAACCAACUGUUAUAAUUGCAGCAACGAAUCAAAAGCAAUCAAAACACGAAAGCAUAAAAAGAUGCAAUUGAAAUAUUAUCCUUUUCAUGGAAAAAGUUAAACUUAUGUAUAUUUGAUAUUGCUAAGCGGUGUUCAAUAUUGUAACUUUUUAUCAUAUGGUUAUUUUUUUACGACAAUGAAUCUAAUUCUUCAAUUUUUAUUUCCUGCAAACAUAUUGGUGCACAAAUACAAACAAUGUCCAAUAAAUCGGGCGAUAGGCGAGUUCGAAUUUUUCGGUGUUGUUCAAUUAAGACACCGGGUCAACGAGCACUUCAGCAAUCAAUUUACUCGAAGGGAUCGCAUAUAUGAAAGAAUUUAUGUAGAUCCAAGGCAAAGAUGGAUGGUCAUAAAUCAAGAGCAGCAUAUGACGCUCAGUUACGAUCCAACAAUCAAAUAUGCUUCAAUGCUUUGAAAUUACAAACGCGAAGUGGCAGAAUCGCAUUGCAUCAACGUCUUUGGUGCUUCUUUGGCCUGUAGAGAAUUCGACAAAUCACUUACGAAAGAUUUUGGUCAACAAAAAUAGUGUUACAUUAACACAAGAUAGUUUAUGCAAAUAUAAAUUCCACAAGCUUCACAACUUGGAAAGUGUAGCAGUAGUUAGCACACUUUUUUUGAUAGUGCAAAACUAUUCGUGAUCUAAUAUUAAAGCACACAUGCAGACGUAGAAAGAAAUAAAAAGUGUUUUACAAUAAUUGUGGGUUCCCCUUUUGUAAUGUUAACAAAUCAAUUUUGAAGCAUACAUAAAUUGAUAUGUCAACUUACAUUAUAGGUAAUUAUCUGUGGUAAAGUUAAUGAUGUGAAUGAUUGAUACGAGCGAAAAAGCGUAAAUAUUAUGAUGGGCGUCGAUAUGAUGAAGUGUUGAACAUUAAGACAUUGAAUGAUGUAGUUACAAAGUUCGCGUCUAUGUGUAUAUGCUUAUAGACAUGAGCAAAGUUUUAACGUUAAGCGCAGAUGGCGAUGAUUGUAAACACUGAAAUGAGUACCGAAUGAAAUCAGCAGCAACGAACUGGAAAAUCCAUCAACAUUUAUUGAUAACUUUUGUCAGCUUUAGAAAGCUCAAACUGGCGCUAUAAAACUGAGCACAUAAAAAGAGCCGAUAAACCAACAACAUAUACUAUAUGUGUACAUAUACAAGCGUGCAUACAUAAAUAUAAAAUGUUUAAUGUUAUUCGUGCUAGUAGUGCAAUAAGUCACGUGAGGACUGCGCAAACAAAAACGCAUUUGCACAGCUGUUCCGUCCCCAAGCGCACAUUUGCGAAAUAAGCAUUAAAAAAGAGCAUUUAAAUUAAACCGCAAUUAGAAGCUUAGCGUCACUAAGCACACACAAUUCGUGCGUUCAGCGACCUUAAUUUCGAAAAAAUAACCAAAAAAAUACUCAACCUUGCAAUGACCUCUUUAUUAAAUUCACACUAUCAAAUUAGCAGCAAAUAUUUUUCGUUGACAUACAAACUAAAAUAAUAAUAAUACGAGUACAUAGUCAAAACGUCGAAGAUAGACUGUGCAAAGGAAUGAUUAAAUAACUCAAUUUUAUAAUUGCCCAUGUGAAUUAUUCUGUUAAACCAACAUCGAAAACUAAUGCUAAAAUUAAAACAACAAUAAACGAUAACAAAGCGAUACAAACGCGACGCGAGCAAAAAACAAGUUCAGCUGGUAUUCCCCUAAAGAUAAGCAAACAAACGGCUAAACAACAGACAAUUUUAUCGCAAAAAUCACACUGAAAUGCAAAAAAUAACAUAUUUAGUGUUGAAAUGGGAUUUUAAUGAUUGUACUAAGCAAUAGCAGCAAUAAAAUAAAUAUAUAUUGUAUAGUUAAUUAAAAACACGAAAGUAAAAUAAAUAAACACUGUAAUUAAUUGAAUUACCAAUAUAUAAAAACAGCAUCAGAAUUAAAUAACGGAAAUAGGGAGCCCGAAAUUAUGACAGGCUUCGGGCAACAGAUGCCGGCGACACACACGCAAAUUAUAUCACGCGCCAACUGGGGAGCGCGUCCGUCAACGCUCGUCGAACAUUUUAACGGGCCAGCGCCAUAUGUCAUCAUUCAUCAUUCGUAUAUGCCCAGCGCCUGUUACACCGCCGCCGAUUGCAUUAAGGCGAUGCGCUCCAUGCAGGACUACCAUCAGUUGCAACGUGGCUGGAACGACAUUGGCUAUAGUUUUGCGAUCGGGGGCGAUGGCAUGAUUUAUGUUGGACGUGGUUUUAACGUAAUUGGUGCGCAUGCGCCUAAAUACAAUGACCGAAGUGUUGGCAUCUGCAUGAUUGGCGAUUGGCGAACUGAGCUGCCCCCACCACAAAUGCUCGCAGCGGCCAAAUCACUGAUUGAAUUCGGCCUGACAAAGGGUUAUAUCCAUUCAGAAUACAAAUUGCUCGCGCAUAGGCAAGUGCGUAACACCGAAUGUCCGGGACAGCGACUGUACGAAGAGAUUACGACGUGGCCGCAUUUUGCACCCAAGCCCCAGUCUACAGAGAAUGAAAUUGCCAAGUGAGUGCCCGAAAUGGCGAGCGUUGUCUUCCCACACUCGAUAUCGAUUAUGUCGAUCAACGCUUAGCAUCCCUUAGGGGGUUGCACUUCUAAAGAGUUCGCUAUUAAUUAUAAUUAUAUUCUAAGUAGACAACUGUUGUUCAAAGCAUAGCAAAUUCACCUAACGGUUUCUCAACCAAUUUUUAUUAGUUCUAAAUUAAAAAAAGAUUAGAAAAAAUAAGAAAAGAUCGGAAAGAAUCUUAUUCAUAAGUCUAUAAGCUCUCUCAUAGCAUCCUUCACAAGCCAUAGACAUCACCUUGACAGUGAUUAGUCAAUUAUUUUACUGAUUCUACCGCUAUCAUACUUAUGUGUCUCUCAACAUGAUUUGGUCUCUACACCUUUUAAAUGUUUAAAUAGGGUUGUAUAGACAAAGCUUGUAAGUUAGAGUAAUUAUGUAAAUAAAGAGCAUGCAAAGUAUAAUAAACAAAUCAAAAAUGCAAAUAAAACAGAAUGCA